AUGGAUUCUCACGAACCUCCGUCCAAGCGACGGAAACUGUCGCACUCACCUGAACCCGAACCCGAAUCCGCGUCCGUCCGGCCGGACCCGUCUACAUCUAAGCCGUUGACAACUUUCGCUGUCGAGAUAGUGGUCGGUGGUGAGGGUGGCUCGACCGGCCAGCCGUCUGCAACGUCUGCAACGGCAAAACAUAAACAACCCGGCGGCAACACCACGCCCAAGGAGAGGCUGACCGAACGAAUCGACCUCAACCGUGGGGUCUCCCAACUGGUUGAAAAACAAUUGUCAACAUGGAAUGAUAUAUUGAAUAAAAAGAAGAAGAUAAUUGUAAUUGCAGGAGCUGGGAUCUCCGUUUGUGCCGGAAUCCCUGAUUUUCGAAGCUCCAACGGCCUGUUCGCUUCCGUAAAAAGUGACUACAAAUUAAAAGCGUCUGGAAAACAGCUAUUCGACGCUUCUGUAUACAGAGAUGACCAGUCAACAUCCGACUUUCACGACAUGGUCCGAAAUCUCCACGCCAUGGCCAACGUCGCCGAGGCCACGGCGUUCCACCACCUCCUGGCCUCCCUAGCAGCUUCUGGGAAGCUAUUACGAUUAUACACCCAGAAUGUCGACUGCAUUGAGACGGGCCUGGCCCCACUCGCUACGACAACCCCGUUGAACGGGAAGGGGCCAUGGCCGAAGACUAUCCAGCUCCAUGGUGGACUGGAUAAAAUGAAUUGUACGAAAUGCCGGGCGAUCAAGGACUUCAAACCGGAGAUUUUUGUUGGGCCGAAGCCGCCAGACUGCCCUGAUUGUGUCGAUUGGGAGGCGGCAAGGGAUGCGUCUGGAAAACGCUCCCAAGGGAUAGGGAAACUUCGACCGAGGAUGGUUCUAUACAAUGAGCAUAACCCGGACGAAGAUGCCAUUGGUGCUGUUUCGACUGCGGAUUUGAAGGCUCGGCCGGAUUGUUUGAUCGUUGUGGGGACAAGCUUGAAGAUCCCCGGGGUGCAGAGAUUGGUGAGGGAGCUGUGUGCUAGUAUUCGCGAUUUUCGGGGAGGGAAAACGGUCUGGAUUAACCGCGAUGAUCCACCGGCGACCGGUCAAAUGAAGGGACUUUUCGAUCUAAUCAUCAAGGGAGAUUGCGAGACACUGGCUAAAUUUUCGAACGUCAAACAUCACGACCAGUUCACUCCUGAUACAGAUUUGAAGAAGAUUACUGGCACUGGAAUGGAGUUAGGCGUCUCGACCCCUGUUUCUAUGGAUAGUGAAUCCGACAGCCCUUUGAGUUCACCAGUCUCUUACGCUAGCUCCGAGGAGAUUUGGGAGAAUAUGAAGAAUAAUCGACCGGUUGAUAUCCCAUGGCCACCACCGAAGGUUGUUAUACCAGCCCGGCCGUUAAGCCCAUCUGCAUCACCGCAUCCAAAGAAAGCCAUCAUGUCGAAGUCCGAAGCAAGGCCCGCUAAGACACCAGCAACACCGACAAAAUCCAAACCUGCCAAGCGAAUCAAGCUGAAGGAUGGAAAGGAUGGAAAGAAUCCCAAGGCCAACAAAGAAACUACGGAACCCGCCAAGAUGAGAAAGAAGCCGGGUCCAAAGCCAGGCUGGAAGAAACUCAGGGCCCAGAAAGAGGCUGAGAGCGCACAAAAUGGUACACUCACCAAGGCAUUCAAGGCAGUUAAGACCCAACGAGCAAAAGUCAAAAAAGAAGCCGAACCACAGGCGGCUGCGGAAAUUUUACCACCACCAUUAGCUAUGUCAACUCCACCAGCCGCUCCAAGAGUUAAGCUUAAAGUUUCAAGAGUGAAUAUGAUAACUCUGAAGCGAUCGGCGGAUGAGACUUGGAGCGUGAAGCGGUCACCACCAGCAGACAGCUCUAGAAUAGUGUUGCAUGGUUCGGAUACAAGCUUUAGCAGCUUGACAGAUAUAACUUCGGCGGAUGUUAGCUCUCAGUCACUUUCACUUCCUGACCCGAAGAGAGGGAUGCGAAUUCAAGAUCUAUUAUCAUGA